CAUCACACCACCACCUCGAUCCCCUUAAACUUCACUUUUACCUCUUUCUCUCUCCCUGCUAAUCAAGUGAGAGCUGCAGGAAAAAAUGGCUCAGCUCUCACUUUUGCUUACAAUUUUUCUCAUAACUUCUUUAAGUGCAACUUUUGUUUCCUCUUCACAAGUUCAAGACCCUGAACGAGUAGUAGAGGAGGUCCAUAGGAGCAUCAAUGCCUCGAGGAGGAACUUGGCCUACUUGUCUUGUGGAACUGGCAACCCAAUUGAUGAUUGCUGGAGGUGUGAUCCCAACUGGGAAAGAAACCGCCAGCGCUUUGCUGACUGUGCCAUUGGCUUCGGCAAAGACGCCAUCGGAGGAAGAAACGGUCGAAUCUACGUCGUCACCGACUCCGGCGAUGACGACCCAGUAAACCCUAAGCCAGGGACCCUAAGACACGCAGUGAUCCAGGACGAGCCGUUGUGGAUCAUAUUCAAAAGGGACAUGGUGGUUCAGCUAAAACAAGAGCUAGUUAUGAACUCGUUCAAGACCAUCGACGGCAGAGGUGCGAGCGUCCACAUUGCUGGAGGGCCAUGCAUCACCAUACAUUACGCUACCAACAUCAUCAUCCAUGGCAUCCACAUACACGACUGCAAACCGGCGGGUAAUGGGAACAUAAGAAACUCGCCGGAGCACUCGGGGUGGUGGACGGUGUCGGACGGCGACGGUAUAUCCAUUUUUAAUGGGCAGCAUAUAUGGGUGGACCAUUGCUCGCUGUCGAAUUGCCAUGAUGGACUCAUUGAUGCCAUACAUGGAUCCACGGCCAUCACCAUAUCGAAUAACUACAUGACUCAUCAUGAUAAGGUCAUGCUUUUGGGACAUAGUGAUUCGUAUACACAAGACAAGAACAUGCAAGUCACUGUUGCCUUUAAUCAUUUUGGAGAAGGCCUUGUCCAAAGAAUGCCAAGGUGUAGACAUGGAUAUUUUCAUGUGGUAAACAAUGACUACACACACUGGGAAAUGUACGCAAUAGGAGGGAGUGCUUCCCCAACUAUCCUCAGCCAAGGCAAUAGGUUUCUUGCACCAGAUAGACGUUUUGAUAAAGAGGUGACAAAACAUGAGGAUGCACCAGAAAGUGAGUGGAGGAAGUGGAACUGGAGGUCAGAGGGGGAUAUGCUGUUGAACGGGGCGUUUUUCAGGCAAUCAGGAGCAGGAGCCUCUUCAACCUAUGCCAGGGCUUCCAGCCUCAGUGCAAGGCCUUCUUCUCUUGUGGGUUCCAUCACCACCGCCGCCGGUGCCCUUAACUGCAGGAGGGGAUCCCACUGCUAAUUUUAAUUAAAUAAAACAAAGGACUCAAAAGAUUAUACAUCGAUCAAUGAGUCUAUUAAUGUUGGCGGUUGAUCCUAUGUUAUUUACAAGCUUUAAUUUUCUUAAAUUCUAAAUAUGCAACCUCUGCUUUUAGCUUAAAUUAAUUAGCACCUUAACCAUAUGUUGAGAUGCGACUGCAGAGUGUUGACUAUUUGUACGAAAAUUAAAGCAGAAGUGUUGACUAGUACUGUUUUGUGUUA